GCCGACCAAUCCGCGGCGGCCGCUCGUGGCCGUGUCGCUGGGCAGAACAAAACAAAAACAAACAGGGCAGCGCAGGGGGCAGAGCGAGGCAGGCGGCGGCUGUGGGGAGCGGAGCGGCGGGGACGGGGCAGCCCCGGGGACCGCUGCCUACGGAGAAACACAUCUGUAAUGGAACAUUCGACUAGGAAGAAGAAAAUAAACCUUUUAAGAUAGUCAGACAAUCUUGAUUCCCCUUCCUGAGUGAGCAGUUCAAGAGAACACUUUUAGCAUAAUAAGAGUGCUUCAGAACUGGAUGAUUGAGGUAAUGCUGAAAGAAAGAUAUUUUAAAUGAAGUAUUGGAUGGCAAGGGGGAGCGGACACUGCCUUACUCAAGGUUAAUUGUUUGAAAUUGGGGUGUGAUGUGAGAAAAUUGGAUUAUACGCAGAAAUUACUGUAAAAAGGCAAGUUUUGUACCUUCAACCACUGGUUAUUCAUCACUGUAGUCAAUAAGUCUGUACUAGGCAAGUAAACCAGAGGAGAAGAGUGGGGAGGGUUCAUGUCACCUAAUGUCACAAGGUCGCCAAUGAAUAAUAAAGUGUUUGCAGGACUGCAACAGGUGGAAAGGGAAGAGAAGAGCCACUGAAAUCCCAUGGGAGAACUACACAUACCAGUAACAUUCACAAGACUACAAAGUGAUUCAUGAAAACUUUGCAGGUAAAAGUUUAUGAUAAAUGAUGUAGCCGGUAUGUCUUUGUGUACUGCCCAUCUGAUUCACUUGUAUAUUGUAGUCUUACUGGCUGAAAUCUUUUUUAAGAAAAGGGGAGAUGGGUGAUGCCAUCUCUUUCAAAAUCUCAUUAUUCAGCUGUUUAUAGAGAUGAAUGGGAAGGGAGGAGAGGAAAAUAACAGUAAUCUCUUUAGAAAGAGAGAAUUCGUUCACCUUGACCCCCAGCUAACAGAGUACAUGUACACGGGAGAAGGAGAGAGCAGAGUAUUCAUGAGAGAAUACAGAGGCCUGAGAGGAAAGCAUUAAGAUUUCUGUUUACAGUCAGUUCAGUUGAAGUGCAAUUAAACAACUAUGGAAGUAGGAAAUGAGCAGAUAUAUAAUGUUAACCCAACAGAACUUGAUCAUCUAAGUGAAACUCCAUUUUCUAGUGAGGAAGAAAAUGGUGGAAGUGAGGAAAUAAAGACUGAAAUCAAUGGAAAUUGGAUAGCUGCAUCUUCCAUUAAUGAAGCUAAAAUUAAUGCUAGAGCAAAGAGGCGGUUAAGGAAAAAUUCUUCUCGUGAUUCUGGGAGAGGAGACUCUGUUAGUGAUAAUGGAGAGGCACUGAAAAGUGGAGUCACUGCACCAACUAGUCCAAAGGGAAAAUUUCUGGACAGACGAUCCCGGUCUGGAAAAGGAAGGGGACUACCAAAGAAAGGUGGUGCAGGGAGCAAAGGUGUUUGGGGCACACCAGGGCAAGUGUAUGACGUGGAGGAAGUGGAUAUUAAAGAUCCCAACUAUGAUGAUGACCAGGAGAAUUGUGUUUAUGAAACUGUAGUUCCACCUUUGGAUGAAAGAGCAUUUGAUAAAACUUUAACACCAAUGUUACAGGAAUACUUUGAACAUGGAGAUACUAACGAAGUUGCGGAGAUGCUGAGGGAUUUAAAUCUUGGUGAAAUGAAAUACAGUGUGCCAGUGUUGGCCGUAUCAUUGUCAUUAGAGGGGAAGGCUAGUCACAGAGAAAUGACAUCUAAGCUCCUCUCUGACCUUUGUGGGACAGUAGUGAGCACAAGUGAUGUGGAAAAAUCAUUUGAUAGACUACUUAAAGAACUACCUGAAUUGAUGUUGGAUUCUCCCAGAGCGCCACAGUUAGUGGGCCAAUUUAUUGCUAGAGCAGUUGGAGAUGGGAUUUUAUGUAGUACUUACAUAGACAGCUACAAAGGCACCGUGGAUUGUGUCCAGGCUCGAGCUGCAUUGGACCGAGCUACUGUGCUGUUAAGUAUGAAAAAAGGUGGAAAGCGUAUAGACAGUGUAUGGGGAUCAGGCGGUGGACAGCAAUCUGUAAAACAUCUUGUUAAAGAGAUUGAUAUGUUGCUGAAGGAGUACCUACUUUCUGGAGAUGUAUCAGAAGCUGAGCGUUGCCUUCAGGAACUAGAAGUACCUCAUUUUCACCAUGAACUUGUAUAUGAAGCAGUUGUAAUGGUUUUAGAAUCAACUGGAGAAACAACCUUUAAAAUGAUGCUCGAUUUGUUGAAAUCCCUCUGGACGUCUACUGUCAUUACUCUGGACCAAAUGAAAAGAGGUUAUGAACGAGUUUACCGUGAAAUCCCAGAUAUUAACCUGGAUGUGCCACAUUCAUACUCUAUGCUUGAGCGGUUUGUAGAGGAAUGCUUUCAGGCCGGAAUCAUUUCCAAACCACUGAGAGACCUCUGUCCUUCAAGGGGAAGGAAGCGCUUUGUAAGUGAAGGAGAUGGCGGUCGUCUUAAACUAGAGAGCUACUGAGUACAGGAACCAACUCUUGCAGCCUUAGAUGUUUAAAGGGGAAAAAAAAAUAUUCUUUUUCUAAAUUGUAAGACUUGCUUAGCACAGUUCAUAUUUUUUUAAAAACUUGUUUUGUGUACAAAUCAUUCUGAAAUAGUUUUGUAAAUUUAUAUUCAGGAAGAAAAUUUCUUUCUCUGGGCAUAUAGUAGAACAAAACAAGUAACCACAUUUCAGUGGUGGUGCCUUCAAAUAAGCUACCCUUUUGUAAGUGCCAUGUUUGACCUAAUCAUUCCAUGUUCUGCAUUGAUGUCUGACUGCCACUCCUUUCCUUCAAGGACAGUGUUUUUGUAGUAAAAUCACUGGUUUAAACAAAGCUUUAUUAUAGAGGGGUCAAGUUAAGCCCCGGUAACCUCAUUUUGGCUGCUGCUGUUGAAAUGCUGUGCUUUGGGAGGAAAAAUGGUUUUCUUUAAAGAAUCUAAAAAAUGGAUUGGUCAUAAGAUGUAUUUGUCUUAAAGACCAGUGCAGUAAAAGGUGGCUGGAACAUCUAUUUCUCUACAAAACUGGAAAAAAUGAACAGUUCUGAUAGAAUGUAUUACAAAAUAAAUUUUUGUAAACCUA